AUGCAUGAUUACUUUGUUGCGCACCGUCGUCGUCCUGUUGUCGCUUUCUUGGAUAUCAAGUCAGCAUAUGACACAGUCGAUCGUCGUGUUAUCUGGUCUGCUUUGGCUGGUUCUAGUCUUCCUCGUGCUGUUCUGGGUCUGUUGAUCAACAUGUUUGAUGAUGUGUCUGUCUCUGUCUUGAUUGCUAAUCACAACUCGACUGCCUUCUCUCCUGUCACUGGUGUUCUGCAAGGCUCAGUGCUCAGUCCUCACUUGUACUCGUUGUAUAUCAACUCUUUACCAAGUCUUUUGCGUUCUGGUGCUACUGGUGCUACUAUGCUGCCUGUGCCUGGUGCUGAUGCUCCUAUUGCUAUCAAUAGUCUCCUGUUCGCUGAUGAUGUGGCUGUCUUUGGUUCAAAGUCUGAGGUUCAGCGUAUGUUGGAUCUUGCUGCUGGUCAUUCUGUCUCUCUUGGAUAUAGGUGGAAGCCUUCCAAAUGCGCUGUGCUUGGUACUGCUGCUGCUCUUGCUGGUUCUCCUCUUGUACUAUACAAUGAAGCCCUGCCUGUCGUUGACGAAUUUACAUACCCUUGGUAUGCCAUUCCGAUACAAAGGCCUGCAUGCUCCCUGGUUAUUCUGUCUCUGCGUUCUGCUGGUGCUGUCAAGACCCAUGGCUCUGUUAAACUCUGUUGGUGUCAACCGCAAUGGUUUCUCUUUUGCUGCUCUCUCUCCGCCUUGUACAGGACAUUUAUUCGUCCUAAGCUUGAAUACGGUCUGCCAUCUCGCAUCUCUCUGCUCGUGAUUUUACUGCUCUGGAUACUCUGCAAAACCGACUUUGGCAUGUUUGUGGGUUAG